AUGGGCAAUCUUUGCUGCCCUCCUGCUGCGCCGUCGCCGGUCACUGUCCACAUUUAUGACGUGACCGGCACAGCACCGUUUAAGGCCUUCAACCAGAUCCUGCGUCCGUUUGGAACUGGUGCCUUCCACGCUGCGGUGGAGGUUCAUGGCGCUGAGUUGAGUUACGGUUUUGGCCAUGGUAUCGUGCAGAACCAGCCGCGAGAGUGCGAGCAGCACUCGUACCGGGAGUCGAUUCAUAUGGGAUACACGGAUCUCUCCCCGUUCGAAGUGGAGAUGCUGAUCACCAGCAUGUCAAGGCGCUGGCGUGGUGACAGAUAUCAUUUAUACCAACGCAACUGCUGUCAUUUUGCGGAUGAGUUGUGCCCCACUAACUACGUUGUUUUGUGGUCGACUUUUUUGAUAUGUUCGUUUCUUAGUUCCUAA